GCGGCGCGUCUGACGACCGCUGUUCAUCCUUUUGGUGUGCCGGACUACACGCAGACGCAGAGCAUGAGGUGGCUGUGGGUGUGCGCGCUGUGGCUGGCCGCGGCCUCUCUGGCGGCCGGCGUCCCCCGCGACCAGCUGCUGCCGCACGGCGAGGGCGUCGACACGCUGCUGCCCAGGCACCAGCAGGACGUCUCCAGCGCAGACAUCCGCCUCCUCACCCCCAUCGUCUUCUACGGCGAGGUCUACGACACGAUCUUCGUGAACGCCAACGGGUUGCUGUCGUUCCUGACGGACAUCCCUCUGUUCUUCAGCAUCCAGUUCCCGCUCGACUACCCCGUCAUCGCGCCGCUCUACUCGCACGUCGACACGCGUGCCUCUGGAACCGUCUCCUACAGGGAGACGCAGGAUCCAGAAAUACUGUCUGCACUAAAGACAUUGAUUCGUCAGUACUUCAGCUCCGCAGAAGACUUUGAGCCAAAGAGUGCCUUUAUUGCCACUUGGGACAGUGUGGGAUAUUAUGACAUGGGUGCUGAUAAGGUGAACACAUACCAGGUGGUGGUCACAAGUGAUGGGCAGCGAUCAUUUGCCCAAUUCCUGUAUGCAGAUGAUGGCAUACAGUGGGUACAAGGUUCGGGACAAGAGGGUGGUUUGCCUGAUGCCCGCGCUCAGGCAGGGCUGGUGGCUGCAGAUGGCCGGCUGUACACUCUGCGGGGCUCAGGCACAGACCACGUGCAGAACCUCUACAGGUGGUCCAAUAUUGGUGAACCUGGCAUCUGGUUGUUUAACAUUGGAGAGACUGAUGAGAGAGGGAGUAUCUUACUACCAGACUUAGCUGAAGAUCCAUCAGGUGCUGAUGCUGAAGUAAACUCCUGUGCCCAACAAGGAAUAACAACAUGUCAUAGUCACGCUACAUGUCUUGACUAUGAAACAGGGUUUUGCUGCACUUGUAAUGAAGGUUAUUAUGGAAAUGGCAUCCAAUGUUUGAAAGAAGGUGGUCAUAUGCGAAUGAAUGGCAAGGUGACAGGUGUAGUGAAUGACAUCGAACUUGAGGUUCUUGACAUGCAGUCGUAUAUUGUAACACCUGAUGGAAGGACGUAUACAGCAGUUUCCCGUGUACCAGAGCUGCUUGGUUAUGAUAUGCAGACACUGAGCAUCCUAGGAGGAGUUAUAGGAUGGGUGUUUGCCCGACCUGUUGGCAAAGCUCUCAAUGGAUACCAGCUUACAGGUGGCGUGUUCAACCACACAGCAGAGAUUGAAUUUCCUAACACUGGCCACAAAAUUACUCUCAGGCAGCGCUUCCUUGGGCUUGAUGUGUUUGACCAGCUGCGGGUAGAAGCUGACAUUCGUGGUUCUGCACCAACAGUUCCCAUUGGUUCAAAAAUCCGGGUUCCUGAAUAUGAAAUAGAAUACAGGAGAACAGCACCAGGAAAGAUUUUGGCCAAAUCAUCACAUUCAUUCCAGUUGGAAGAUGCUCCUGUUGACAAUCCUUUUAUAGUACAACAGUCAAUUGAUUAUGAUGAAUGUACUUCUUCUGGUCCAGAAGUUUCAACUUUCCAUCUGAAAGUCAUUAGAAACUUUAUAAGUUAUGAAGAAAAAGAAAAAAUAAUUCGCUAUGGAAUGACAAGCAAAGUCACAAUACCUGAUGCAGUGGUGGACUUAUGCCAAGAGAUCAAAUGUGGACCACACAGCUCAUGCAUUACUGUUGAUGAUAUUUCACAAUGUGUUUGUGAUGCGGGAUACCAGCGGCUCUACUUAAGUGAUGGUGGAAGCACUUCACGGGAAGAGUGUGUUGAUGUGAAUGAAUGUACCAGUGGAACACACAACUGUGCUCUCAAUGCACAGUGUGUGAACAACCCAGGAAGUUUCUCCUGUCGCUGCAACCCUGGUUUCACAGGCGAUGGUCGCACCUGUGACAAAUUGUUAAGCUGUUCAGACUUGCGGUGUCAUCCAGACGCAGAGUGUGUUGAGCUGCAGCCAGGAAGUCUUCAGUGCCAGUGCUUGCCAGGCUUUACAGGGAAUGGUGUCUUCUGCACAGCCAUUGAAAAAUUAAGUUGCACAGUGGCCAACAACUGCUCCCCAUUUGGUGUCUGUGCCUAUGAUGAACUGACAGCUGGGUAUCACUGCCAGUGCUUGCCUGGCUAUGUAGGAGAUGGCUACAGUUGUGUUGAUUCAACUCUCCUGCCUCAGCAGCCACCAUCCACCCUUGCACCUUCAGGCCCACUUCCUGGCCAGUCAGAGGAAGAAACAGCACCUGCUCCAACCUGUACACUUGGGGUCUGUCUGUGUCCACCAAGCUACGAACUUCGGAAUGGUGCCUGCUUGCCUAAAACUGAACAGUUUUCCGGAGAUGACGUCGCAUAUCCUAUGCUCACCUGUUUUGAUGGCUCAUGUGUCUGCCCUUUGGGAUAUGAAGCAUCAGAUGAAGGCCACUGCAAGCCUGCAGAAGGUGCAGCAGCUGGAAGGAUGGGAACAAAGGGACCAUCUGGAUGGAAAUUGCCGUGUAACAUUAUCAACACAUGUCAUCCAUAUGCGCAGUGUGUAUUCAACUCUGCCCUUGGCCAGUACCGUUGUCAGUGUAAUGCUGGCUUUGAAGGAGAUGGAUAUGACUGCAUUGAGACAGAUGUUUCUUGUGCAGAAGUGAACAUCUGUGACAUUCAUGCGUCAUGUGUAUAUGAAGAAAAUAUUGGGAAGCAUGUCUGCAAAUGUGAUCCAGGCUUCCAAGGAGAUGGCACCUACUGUACUUCUGCAGAUGAAUGUAUAGCAGAUGAGGACUGUGGUAAUAAUGCACAGUGCUUGUGGAGCGAGCAAGAAAACCGAAAUGAAUGCCAAUGUAGUACUGGGUAUGUUCGAAUUGGCUCUUCUUGCCAGCCAAAACCAGGUGGUGAUGAAUGUGAGGAGGCAUGUCAUUACAAUGCACGAUGUGUGUUUGAUGGUGAUCUUGGUGAAUACCGAUGUCGUUGUAGUGCUGGCUUUGUGGGUGAUGGCACAGACUGCCAGCCUGAACCACUUGGAUGUAACAUCCUCAACAACUGUGGCGUAGGAGCUGACUGCUCUUAUGACCAGGCAUCAGCAGGAUACCGCUGCAAGUGCAGACAGGGGAUGCGUGGUGAUGGUUACACAUGUGUACCUGAAAUAACAUGUAUCACCAAUCCAGAACUAUGCAGCCGGGAUGCUACAUGUGUUGCAGAUGCUACAGGCAGCUACAUUUGCCAAUGUAAUCCUGGCUUUCGUGGAAAUGGUGCAUUCUGCAGACGUAUAUCAAAACACGAAGGAAAUUUUCUUCUUUUGAAUCGUGGCAUGGCUAUGAUGCGAGUACCAUUUAAACCUUCAAGGAAGGAUCCAGGAAACUUUAUUUUCUAUCAGUAUUAUCAAAUGGCAAUAGGUAUUGACAUUGACUGUGAAGAAGGCCGUGUGUACUGGAGUGACAUAACAGGGAAAAGAAUCAAAAGCUCAAACUAUAAUGGCAGCAAUAGCACUAUUUUCAUCAGCACAGAUAUCCAAUCACCAGAAGGCAUCAGUAUAGACUGGGUGUCUCGUAACAUGUUUUGGACUGAUUCUACAAAAGAUACUGUGGAAGUAGCAAAUUUGGAUACUGGUCUCAGGAAAGUCCUGGUCUCAAAAGGCCUUGUUAAUCCUCGUGGCAUUGCUGCUCAUCCAUCCAGGGGAAAAAUUUUUUGGUCUGAUUGGAAUCGAGCAUCCCCAAAACUUGAAUGGGCCAAUAUGGAUGGAAGUGAUCGUCAGACGUUCUUGGAAGGGCCAUCGGUACAAUUACCAAAUUCUCUUGCUAUUGAUUUUGAGCAUGAUGAACUCUGCUGGGCAGAUGCAGGGACAAAAUCUAUUGCUUGCAUUGGUAUUUCAACAUCACAACAAAGAACAAUUGUUGCCAAUGCUAGUUACCCCUUUGGGCUUACAAUAUCACCAGACAAUUACUACUGGACAGACUGGAAUACAAAUAAAAUAGAGAGUGCACAGCGGCCAUAUGGACAGCGUAAUCCAUCACUCGAAGUUCCACUUGGAGGCAGUGGAAAGCUGUAUGAUAUUGUAGCAGUCCCAGAGGAAUGCAUUAGAGCGUCAAGUUCAUGUGCAACUGGUGCUGAAUGUGGAGAGCGUCGCUUAUGCCUACCAGAUGGCAGAGGGGGACGCAGUUGCCCAUGUGCAGAUUACGGAACUACAGCGACAGGCGAGGAAGGAUCUGGUGAAGCUGCUGAAUGCAAUGACAUACUUUGAAGAUGGAAUGUGACAAUCUGCUCCCACCUGCCACAAGAGAAUGUGACUGUACUUUCACAACAAUAUCUUAAAACAGUCUUACCAGAUAGCUGACAAAAUUCUUUUGUCAACCGUUUUAGAGCAAGGUCAACAUUACCUAAUUAAGUGUCAAGUUUGUGGUUUUCAGUUUCACUUCAUCUGUCACAUGAAAAUAUGGACAGUACAAGAACUUAAAAAGUGACCUCUUUAGUUGGAAACUGACACACUUGGUGCUUAUAAUCCACAGAUUGUUUCUUUGUAAUGAAUAGUUUUACCUUUCUCCUUGCUGUUGCCCAAGCAUCAACUUUCUCACCUGCAAGUUGCUCUAAUUUUAAAAGAAAUUUUUAUGUCAUCUCACUGUGUUCACUUUCAUCCACCUCUCAUCUCUAUCCAAAUACUUCUCAAAAUUUUCACCCAUGCAUUCAUCCCCCCAUCUGUAAUGAGCCCAUGUCAUUUCAUGGGACAUAAAUUUUGUGAAAUUUUUUAUGUCCUAUUUCUUCCCAUACAUUUUCUGUGGUUUCCUGUUCAGCCGACCAUUUUUUUCCUUGUCAUUUUAGAUAAUGCAUUUUUUCUAUUAACUCUGAUAUGCACAUUUUAGAACUUGAGAUGUGUGGAUUAAUAUCUUCAUUUACUCAUUUCUGCAACUGCUAAACAUUUGUACUAAGUUACAUAAAAAAUUCUGUUAGGUAUAAGACUUAUUGAACUAUGUAAGUUCUCCACCAGCGAAUCAUCCCAGAAUGAUUUGCCACCCAACUGAUUGUUCAAUAUUUUACUUAAUGUGAAGAGCAGCUUGAUGAUUAAGAUGAUUCUGUUGAUUUAAAAUACGCUACGGAAAUAGUGAUUAAAAACCAUUGAUGAUGGUGCAGUACAAAAUUUAUUUGUCAGUGUUAAGAGUAUGUUCCUAGGUAAUAAAAAUAUUUUUUUAAGUAAUCAUCUUAGCAGUUAUGCAGAUUUGGGAUGUUGCUAACAGGCAAAUAAACAUUGUAACAUGUGCACUACAUCAUAGCACCGGUGUUGUGAAAAAGUAUUUUAUUAUAAUUUUUUGUAACUAUUGAACUUAUUGAAAAAUUGCCGUAAAAUUAAAUUAUUUUUAAAUAAAAUGGAUUUGUAUA